AUGGCUCUCGAGUCGGGCCACCAAGAUCAGGAGCGCAAGUCCUCGCCAACUGCCGCUGCGCAACCGGGUGACGGCCGCGCAAGUACCCCGGAAGUCGCAUAUGUCAAGCCCGCCGAUAGGGAAACUAGCUACACGUCAAGCGCCUCUGCGCCUCUCCCGUACGAUGGUGGCGCGCCUCCCCUCCCCGACGAGCCUGUCCCAGACGAAGAGGACGAUGGCUGGGAGCCCAGGUGGGAGCCCAACGCAGGCGCCUGGUACUUUCUGAACCGCAAGACCGGUGCACUCUACAGAAACCCUUACGCUGGCGCCGCUGCACUGUCAUCAAGCUCUGGCGCGCCGGGUACCAGCCCACCACCAAAGCGCAAGUGGGGCGGCUACAACCCAAAGAUACAUGGCAGCUACGAUCCCAACGCCGACUACGCCAAGGAGGCAGAGAAGGAGGAAGAGGAUGCAGCGCAGGCCUCCGCUGCUGCAGUCUCCGCAGCUCGCAACGCGCUCCUCCCUAGCAAUGACUACACCACAACUGCCCAGUUCAACCGUUUCAACGGCAAGCAGCAACAAGCUGGUCAAGGUCCUGAGAUGCACAACGAUGAAAACAAGAGUCAUCGCCAGAUGAAUGCCUUCUUCGAUGUUGAUGCCGCCGCCAAUAGCCACGACGGACGUAGUCUCAAGGCAGAGCGUCGCUCUCAGCACCUCAGCAAGAAGCAGCUCAAGGAGUACAACGAAAAGCGCCGAGCCGCGAAGGACGCGAAGCGCCGGGCCUGGCUUCUCGACUGA